AUCUGCAACUGGAUCCUGGACUUCCUGACGGGCCGCCCCCAGGUGGUAAGGGUUUGGUGCUGAAGUGUGGAAAAGGGUGAUAGUAAUCACUGAAGAUAAAUCAUGUCCGUCCACGAGCCAAAAGACAAAAACAAUGGCGUGUGGCUGAUCUUUUUCAUGCUGGGCUUAGGAACUCUCCUGCCAUGGAACUUCUUUAUGACAGCCACCAUGUAUUUUAGCAGCCGUCUCAGAGACCCCUCCCAAAUGGGCACCGACCUGUCAGGCAAUGGGACCGGGGGAGAAGGGGACAACCGUAGCCUUUUGGAGGCCAAGUUCAAUAACGUAAUGACACUUUGUGCCAUGGUGCCUUUACUGGCCUUCACCUGUCUCAACUCAGUCCUGCAUCAAAGGAUUCCUCAGAAGUUUCGGAUCAUGGGCAGCCUGGCAGUGAUUUUGGUGGUGUUUCUUCUGACAGCCAUUUUGGUUAAAAUAGAGAUGGCACCCCUCCCCUUUUUCACGUUGACCAUGAUCAAGAUUGUCAUCAUAAACUCCUUUGGCGCUAUCCUGCAGGGCAGUCUGUUUGGCAUGGCAGGCAAACUGCCUACCAAAUACACCACACCCAUCAUGAGUGGGCAAGGCAUGGCGGGAACUUUCGCUGCCUUCUCCAUGAUCUGUGCUAUCGCAAGUGGCUCGGAGAUAAAUGACGCUGCUUUUGGAUACUUCAUCACAGCCUGUGCAGUGAUCUUAUUGGCCAUAAUAUCCUAUGUGGUCCUCCCUAAACUGGAGUUCUACCAAUAUUACAAGACCCAAAGUAGAAACAGAGUUAGUGAUGAGGAGAACAAGCUGGAUCUACUCAAGAAAGAAAAUGCAGCAGAGACUAGACCAGUUUUCAAGGAGAAAGGAGAAGAGGAGCAAAACGUGUCCAUGUUGACCAUCUUCAAGAAGAUCUGGGUCCUGGCUCUCUCUGUGUGUUUUGCCUUCACCAUCACCAUCGGCAUCUUCCCGGCAGUCACUGUGGAUGUCAAGUCUACCAUCGCUGAUGGAGGCACCUGGGAGAUGUACUUCAUCCCGGUGUGUUGUUUCCUGCUCUUCAACCUCAGCGACUGGGUUGGGAGAAGCCUUACUGCUGUGUGUAUGUGGCCUGGGAAGGACAGCAAACUGGUGCCCAUUCUUCUGGUGGCCCGUGUGAUCUUCGUGCCGCUCUUCAUGCUGUGCAAUGUUCAGCCCCGCUACAACCUGCCUAUCUUCUUUGAACACGACGCCUGGUUCAUCGUCUUCAUGAUAGUCUUUGCCUUUUCCAAUGGAUACCUGGCAAGCCUUUGCAUGUGCUUUGGGCCCAAAAAAGUUGCUGCUCAUGAAGCGGAGACAGCUGGAGCCAUUAUGGCCUUCUUCUUGUCCCUGGGUUUGGCUCUGGGAGCGUCCCUCUCAUUCCUCUUCAGAGGCCUGGUCUAAAAUGGCGCCCUGUAGAGAACAUGACCCAAAACCUAAAAUGUACCUAUAAAACUUGCAUUGUAACAAAUUGUC